GCCAGGCGGGGGAAGUAAGAAGCCGGCUUCUGAUUGGUGGCAGCGGCGCGUUCAAACCAGCACGGCGCGUCCCGAUUGGCUCGCGGCGCCGCCGCGGCAGGCCGGGCUCGCUCGUCGCUCGCGGCAGGGUUAUUGUCUGGCGGCUCCUGAGGCGGCUCCAGCGCGGGAUCGGCGGCACUAUGGCUGGUGGGAAGGCAGGCAAGGACAGCGGGAAGGCCAAGGCCAAGGCAGUGUCCCGCUCGCAGAGAGCCGGGCUGCAGUUCCCCGUGGGCCGGAUCCACAGACACUUGAAGACCCGCACCACGAGCCACGGGCGUGUGGGGGCCACGGCAGCCGUGUACAGCGCAGCCAUCCUCGAGUACCUGACCGCAGAGGUGCUGGAGCUGGCAGGGAAUGCCUCCAAGGAUCUCAAGGUGAAGCGCAUCACCCCCCGGCACCUGCAGCUCGCCAUCCGCGGGGAUGAGGAGCUGGAUUCCCUCAUCAAAGCCACCAUUGCCGGCGGAGGUGUCAUCCCCCACAUCCACAAGUCGCUGAUCGGGAAGAAGGGCCAGCAGAAAACAGCGUGAGGAGGGCAGGAGGGGAAGCGGCCGCUCCCCCCCCCCCCCCUGCCGCCGUGCCCGGGACACGAGGAACGGGGGGGCUCAUAGGGAAGAGUGGAGGGCAGAGCCCGGGCAGGGCCUGCGGGGGGCAGGCGGCGGCGGGGGGGGUGCGGGGCCGGGGCUCGGCACCUCCGGCCUUUUAUACACCGGGGACGGAUAAAAGCGUUUUUUACAUAAGGA